CAUUGAGGGAAUCUGGGUGGGGGGGUGUGUGGCCUUACCAGGAAGUUGGAUAAAUUCAGAACACUAAAUGGUAGCAGCAGGAUCCCAACAGCUCAGUGAGACUGUUGUGUUUCUGGAAUUGGAUAUUAUUCCUGUUGUUCGGUAUUAACACAAAACAUUCUCUACAAUGAUGGAAGCAACUUGCUUUUAUAUAGUGCCUUCAUGUCCACCAGAUGUCACAAAAGUGCUCUAAAGCUAAGUAAUUUUGAAAUGUAGUCACUGUUGGAAUGUAGAAAAAUCUGCAGCCAAAUUGUGUACAGCCAGCUCCCAAAAAAGGCAAUGUGAUAAUGACCAAAUAAUUGGCUUUUAGUGAUGUAGACAGAUACUGUAAAUAUUGGCCAGAACACCAGAGAGAACUCUCGUCUUUUUCGAGUAGUGCAGCACUCCCUCAGCAAGGUGCUCCCACAGUACUGCAUUGGGUGUGUUAGCCUGGAUUAUGGGCUCAAAUCUCUGGAGUGAAACUCAAAACACACAGCUUUCUGAUUCUGAGGUGAGAGUGCUACUCAAGCAAUGGUUAGCAGCAGGCCGAUUGAUGGACUGAAGACCAGAUGUCAGAGGCUUCUGUUUAGUUGCUAUUGGACUGAAGAAAAUUUUGUCUUGUUUGGGUCUUGCUGAUGGGCAGAGGAAUCAGAUCAAAGGAUGGGGGAAAUGUAAAGGAAAAGGAUGCAGUGACUCUACCCUCUGCCAGUAUUGCUGUAAAGCAGCACGUGGAUGGUCUAGGCAGAGACCAGAAGGGCUUCUGCUUUGAUCACUGCUCUAUGUUGAUCCUAGCUAAGCAUUUGGAAAUGUUAUACAAUUGACCUUGGUGCUGUCAAGUUCGAGAAGGAAUGUGGUGAAAUUCUGCCAGGAUUCCUGAUCCUCAAGUAAGAGUGUGUGUGUCUGUGAGAUGCCUUGACUGUGAUGCCGACACUUUGCAUUUGCUUUCAAGGCAUGCACAUAAAUAAAAGUUUCCUGGGUGAAGUGUCUAAGCCCAAGUGGUGCCCAUGGAACUCUGUCCAUAAGGGAUAAAUAUCUUCAGGGGCAGAAUGGAAAUACACAUCCGGUGAAUCAGCAUCUGAAACAGAAAGAUGAGUUAGUUGCAGCCAUGAAGCUGAUCAACUCCUCGAACAUCUUUAUGUAUUAAGAGAGGACAAACAAUAACAUUGGUACGAGGAAUCCUCCAAUCAGCUGAUCAAUGACGAGUUGGGAAUAGCCUAUCCUGUCGUCGAUGGAAUUCCCAAUAUGAUCCCUCAGGAUGCGAAAUUAAUUCGGAAGCGUGAAGACAGACCCAAGGAAGAAGAAAGUUCGCAGUAGUAAAAGGAUCACUCUGCUCCUGAAAUAUCUGAUAGAAGCAGUUGGGGGAUCUGGGAGACUGUGAUUUGGUUUUUGUUAGGGGAGGGGGUUCAUUAGCAAACCGUGUGAUAAUGACUAUCCACCUGUCAACUCUCACGGUCCUAGUUCCCCUGUGCUCUUUAGCUGGGCUGCUAUACUCAGCUACAUUUGAUGAGGAUUUUCCGCAGGGCUGUACGAGUAUGGCCAGUUUGUGUUUCUACAGCCUGCUGCUCCCCAUUACCAUCCCAGUGUACGUAUUCUUUCACUUGUGGCACUGGGUGGGGAUUAAACUUUUCAGGCAUAACUAGUUUGAAUUUGACAACAAUCGGGUGUGUUAUUGUUAGUGAACUGAUAGCAUCAGCCUCUCUUAGUAUGAGUUUUUCCAUUGGCUUUGAAGCAUUUAAUGCUAGAGUGCAUAUUUUUGGUGGGAAUCUUUAUGAUGUGGGAGUGAGGGAAAUUGACAUUGUUUUGGUUAACUCGCUCCUUAGACAAUGAGUGGUGGAGAUUCACCUUAGCUUCAUCACUUGUUACGCUCCCUGCCCAAUAUUCCAUUCCAUUGGCUUCAUUUGUAGUGUGCAUAUUCUGUGCGGGGAGUGUAACUGGCAGCCAGUCCAUUUGACACCACCCAAUAUGGAUUUCUAUUUCAGAAACAAGUUAAUCGAGGUCACUCCAAACUCCGUCACCACAAUGUCAGGUGCAAUUUAGCCACCAAAAUUAUCAGCAAUGGUUUGUUUUUGGUGCUUGUGACCUUGUAAACAGCAAGUGUUGUAGAAUGGUUGUGUAGUUAGCUUCACUGAAGUCUGCAUUUGAACUUCUUUGCUCUUUAUUUGAUUACUGUCAACCAUGGCUCAGUGGGUAACACAAUCACCUCUGAGUCAGACAGUUGUUGGUUCAAAUCCCAUAACACUAGCUGACUCUUCAGCACAGUACUGAGGGAAGUGUUGCACUGUUGGAGGUGCUGGCUUUCGGUCAUUAAACAUAAGCUCUGUCUGCCCCGUUGUGUGGAUAUAAAAUAUCCCAUGGCACUAUUUGGAAGAGCAGGGUAGUUCUCCCCAGGUGUCCUAACCAAUAUUUAUAUCUCAACCAAUGUCAUUAAAAGACAGGUUAUCUGCUCAUUAUCACAUUGCUGUUUGUGGGAGCUUUUUGUGCAUAAAUUGACUGUCACAUUUCCAACUUUACGACAGUGACUGCACUUCAAAUACUACUCCAUUAAUUAUAAUGCACUUUGGGACAUCCUGGAGUGCCUUAUGAAUGCAAGUACUUACUGGCUUCCAAGCAGAAGAAGCUAGAUGUAGCACAGUCAAUCAAGGUACCCGGUGAGUAGGAACUGGAACAGAUAACAAAUUAAUAGUUUUUUCUGUUUUAAAAAUUGAAUAAAAGCUUGUUACAGCCUUGCAAUAAGCCUUCACUAUAACUAACUGUUAUGUUACUGGUAAUGAGCAAUUCUUCAGGUCUCCUGUACAUGUUGAAAGCAGAUAAUUGAUCCUGUUCUGUGCAGUUCAAUUUAUUUUAAAUAAAAGCAUUUUGAAGCGAA